AUGAAUAAAGUUCCAGAAGAGGAACAAGAGCUUUACUCAAGCUGGGCCUUGCUAAUCCAAACGAGUUUAUUGAUUCUUGCAUUACUGACGAGUUAUUACUUGCAAGUUAAGCAAAUUCGUGCUAUACACGAAACCAUUGUAUCCAUAUUUGCUGGAAUGCUUGUCGGCCUGAUCAUCAAAUAUUCACCAGGAUCAUUGAUUCAAAAGAUGGUCACCUUCCAUUCAUCAUAUUUUUUCAAUCUUUUAUUACCCCCAAUUAUUUUAAAUUCUGGGUAUGCAAUGAAGAAGGAAAACUUUUUUAAAAAUCUGGGAACUAUUCUCACUUUUGCCCUUGUGGGUACAUUCAUUAGUGCCAUAGUGAUUGGUUUUUUAACGGCUAUAUUGGCCGCAACGGGAAUCUAUUCACUCUCUCUUUCUUUCUUGGAUUCAAUGAUUUUCGGUUCAAUUUUAUCCGCGACAGAUCCAGUGACUGUACUUACCAUAUUUCAGACCCUAAAAGUUGAUCCUCAACUGUAUUCCAUAAUUUUUGGAGAGAGUAUUUUGAACGAUGCCACUGCUAUCGUUCUCUAUGAAACUUUGAAGCAAUAUCGCGGUCAAGAAUUUUAUUUUUCGAGUGUCCUUCAAGGAAUCGUAUCCCUUUUAUUCUGUGGGAUCACCCUUAAGCACUACGCUUAUGAUAAUAUGGCUCUUAAAACAAAGAGAACAACUAAAUAUAUGUUUAAUGUGUUGGCGCAAUUGUCUGAAAAUUUUAUCUUUAUCUAUCUCGGGUUGACAUUAUUUACUCAGACGGAUCUUGUGUACAAACCAUUCUUUAUAUUCUUUACCGCAAUUUUCAUAUGUGCAUCACGCUAUUGCGCUGUUUUCCCGCUUUCAAAAUUGUUGAACUCUAUUGCGCGUUAUCGGAAACGUGAUGAAGAGAUUUUACCGCGUUCAUAUUCUGUGAUGCUUUUCUGGUGUGGUCUACGUGGUGCAGUCGCAUUCGCAUUAGCUGCGGGACUUAAAGGGGAUAAUGCUAAUGCAAUGCGGGCAACAAUUCUGGUGGUAGUUGUCUUUAGUGUUAUUAUAUUUGGUGGAACCACUAGCAAAAUGAUAGAAAUUCUCAGGAUCAAAAUGGGAGGAUCAAUUGAUUCAAAUGAAACUAGAAGUUCUAUAGAACAGCAUAACCUUCUGUCCAUACCUCCUGUUUUGCCGACUGCAAGUCAAACACAUUGGUUUAUAUCCUUUGAUGACCGGUUCCUCAAACCGUUGUUCACCAAGCCACGCGGCAGCCAACAUCGUAUUGAUGACCAGUGGCGAAGUGAAAGGAGAGAACGUGGCGAGGAAGACUUUAUUAGACUAGUUGGUAGUGGUAGACGUGAUAUGCCCGGAGGCACAAAUACAGGAAAUGGACCCACUCAUAAUGGCGACAUUAAUUCGGGUAUUUUUAAACCUAAUGAUAGCAUGGAUAAUCGUACGAUUGCAAGCGACUCUGUGUUUUCAACAAAUGUUGUCGUGGAAGAUGGUGACGACGGCGUUCGAAAAGCUGGAUCAUACCAAAGUUUUGCGGAUCUUAGUGCUCUUAUGGAACAUAAAGACGAUGAAAGUGAGAAUGAUAAGCCUCUGGUGAAUCUCUAA